AGCAACAAGCAUAGGGCAAAAUUUUCGUCAACAAUUGAUCUCCCAUGACGCCGAUGCAGACCAGUGCCAAGUUUCAAACCGCCUUUGGACGGCUGCCAACAAUCCGAGUUUUCUGCCCUGGGAGAGUGAAUCUCAUCGGGGAACACAUUGAUUAUCACGGAUAUGGAGUUCUUCCUAUGGCAACAGAAUGCGGAACUGAGAUUUUUGCAUCCCCUAAUGAAGAAAAGGUGAUACGAAUUGCAAAUGUUGACGAGGAGUAUCCUGAAUACAAGCUGAGUCUUCCCUCGGACUGGUCUGGAUCAUCGCCACCAAAAUGGCACGAUUAUGUGCUUUGUGGAUGGAAAGGAAUUAUGGAGAAACUCAACUGUGACCAAACAGGGUUUGACCUUAUGGUUAAAGGCACAAUCCCACCAUCUUCUGGUCUCUCUAGUAGCUCUUCGCUCGUAUGUGCAGCAGCCCUUACAACUUGGAUGAUUCACACAAAGAAAACAUUUGACGGCUUGACGAGGGAAGAACUAGCUGACCUAUGCGCUGUUGCUGAACACUAUAUUGGGACACAAGGUGGCGGCAUGGAUCAGGCAGCAGAGAUUCUUGGUGUAGAAGGUGGUGCGAUGCGAAUCGAUUUUUCACCUCUUCGAUCUAGAUUGGUUUCAUUACCAGACACUGCAAGGUUCAGCGUGCUUCAUUGCGGAGUUACAUUAAAUAAGGCUGCAACAUCGCAUUACAAUGAGCGCGUCGUGGAAGGUCGCUUGGCUUGCAAACUGUUGCUCAAAAACGCAAACGCACAUACGAAAACUUCUUUGUUGCGAUUAAAAGAUGUGCAGGAAGCUCUACGAAAGUCCCUGGAAGAAAUGGUAGCAAUGUGUGAUUGUUUACCCGUUGAAUCAAAUCGUGAUGAACUGGAAAGUUUGUUGACAAAGGAAGUGGUUGCUGAAUGUAUCGGCCGAAACGUGGAACUGUCAAAAUUCAAGAUACGUUCGAGAGCACGUCAUGUGUACAGCGAAGCGCUAAGAGUUGAACAGUUUGAAGAAGCCUGCAAAGCAGGAGAGUUGCAAAAGAUGGGAGAUUUGAUGAACGCUAGUCACGAAAGUUGUAGCAAGGAUUACGAAUGCAGCUGUAAGGCAAUGGACGACUUGAUAAACCACUGCCGAACUGCAGGCGCCAUAGGCGCUCGUCUCACUGGAGCUGGCUGGGGUGGAUGUGCUGUAGCGCUCAUUGACAACAGGAACCCCGUAGAAUUAGGAGAGAAAGUGCUUUUUAGCACUAAGCCAUGUCAUGGAAUGAUAGGAGAAUUUAUCUAACUUAUUGCUCAUUAUUUAUCUGUUCAGAACUAACUUACUUCAAUGGGUUCGUAUCUGUGAUAGGUAAUAAGAAGUGCCAAGCGCGCUAUUCAAUCUAAAAUUGUAAUUUCGCAUUCCGCUUGUCAAGUAGUUUGCUUUGAGCAAGAUUUUAGAUUUCCCGCAGAGUCUGAGACUUUUACUACUGACAGUUUUAACAAAUGCAUUUCAGCUAACUUCGUAAAAUUUAUUAUAAAUGAAACUUCUUUAAUUCGCAUGCAGUGCUAAUAUCUCAGAUUGCAAUGAACUGUUGAUAUUGAU